AUGCACGACGCGUCCUCGGGCCCGCGCCGAGGGAGCGGCGCGCGCGCGCCGACGGUGACCCCCGCGGUCGCGGCGCUGCGAGGGUACUACGGCCUGGACGACGGCGCCGGGGAACGGUCGCCGCGCGGGGUCGCGACGCUGGCGCGCACGCAGAGCGGCGGCGACUUGCCGUCCUUCUCGAGCGGCGUCGGCGCGAUAGACAGCGACCUGCGACGGAGCUCUAGCCUCGCCGCGAGCGGCAGCGGCGUCGGCGGCGGCGUCGGCGGCGGCGGCGUCGGCGACGGGCGCGAGAAGAAGAAGUUCGCGAUGCGCGAGCCGGGGUCGUCGUUGGGAGGGAGAAGACAGGAGGGGGGAUUCCAAGGAAGAGACCGCGCGCUGAUGUCGCCGCCCAGAGUGGCGACGGCCUCGGGCGCGGCGAUCGUCCCGGGCGCGAACGUCGCGAGCGGCGGCGCGGGCGGGGGCUUCCUCGGGAAGCUGAAGUCGGCGGCGGCGGCGGCGGCGGCGGGCGGCGGCGGCGGCGGGGGAGGGGGGAGAGGCGGCGUCGGCGGCGCGUCGCGACCGCCCCACCCCGGGCAGAGCAUCGCGAAGAGAGCGGGAGGAAGAGGCGGGAAGGGCAAGGGAGAUUAG